AUGAUAUUUGAUUUAGCAGGUGAAACAUUAAUAUCAUCAAAUAAUACUCUGUUUUUGGAUAAGAAUACUGUAUUUAGGUCAGAAGAUGAAGAAACACUCCCUAUUGAUUUUGAUGAUGAUAAAAUUAUAAGUAUUUUAGAAAAAGUAAAGCAGAAUAUUUAUAAAGCACUAAUCUAUUAUUGGAAUAAUCCGAGUGAUCUUGGUCUGACAGUAGCUUUAUUAGAUUUAUAUUACAAUGAUUUAGAUUUUUUAGAUAAUGAUUCAGAAAAGCAACUGAUUAUUCAAAAGCUUUGUAAUAAAUUCAGUGAAUUAGAGAAACAAGCACCUGAAUUGUCUGUAUGUUCAACUUUAUCUAAUACAGAAAAAUCUGCAAUACAAUCGCAUAAAAAGUACCUUCAACAAUGUCAAAUGAAAAAGCAAAAAAAAAACAAGAUG